AUGGCGGCGGCCACGCCUCAUUCUGGCCGCUGGGGCUUCACGAUUGGCUCUGUGUGGAACGCAUUGAGCGUCUCCCGGGAAACGAGCAGGAAGUGACGUUAUUUCCGAGUGUGAAUCUCAGGGCUGUUAUUUGGAGGCCCUGCUUGUGCUAUUGGCUAUGGAGUUUCCUGACCUAGGGAAGCAUUGCUCCGAGACCACAUGCAAACAGCUUGAUUUCCUGCCUUUAAAGUGUGAUGCUUGUGAGCAAAUAUUCUGCAAAGAUCACAUCACUUAUACGCAGCACAAAUGCAGUUCAGCAUAUAAAAAGGAUGUCCAGGUUCCUGUUUGCCCCCUCUGUAAUACCCCAAUCCCAAUAACAAGAGGACAGACUCCUGAUAUUGUUGUUGGUGAACACAUUGAUCGGGACUGCAAGUCCGACCCUGCUCGGCAGAAGCGGAAGAUUUUCACUAAUAAGUGUGCGAAGCCGGGCUGCCGACAGAAAGAGCUAAUGAAGGUGAUCUGUGAGGAUUGCCACGGAAACUUCUGCCUCAAGCACAGACACCCACUUGAUCAUGAGUGCAAGGGGAAGAGCGCUCCCAUUUCCAGGGCUGGCCACGCAGCUUUGCUGAGAUCUCAGCCUUCCACUUCAAAGGCAUCAGCACCUUCCAGUCAUGCAGCGCCAAGACCGGCCACACAGCCCCCUCGUAUCAGGACAAGUGUCCCCAGCGCUCAGCCCCCGGCCGCAGCAUCUUUGCAAAAUGGGCUGACAGAGGAAGAGGCUCUACAGAGGGCACUGGAAAUGUCACUUGCAGAAUCUUCUGGAGCAGCAGCAGCAGCCGCACAGUCACACAGCUCUCAAGAGGAGGAGGAUCUGGCCCUGGCGCGGGCUCUCUCAGCUAGUGAGGAGGAAUACAGGCGGCAGCAGGCGAUCCAAGGGCAGAACCGAGACGCCAAACAGUCUAUGUGCAGCCUGUCGUAGCCCAGGAUCCCGUGGAACCGAGACUGCAGCACAGACACAUCGCCGGCGGAUCUGCACUACGGACACCGAGAGGGCCGUUUCCUCCCGUCAGUGCUGAUUGGAUCUCAGGGGGGAGCAGCUUCUCCGAUACCUUUGUACAAACAAGUCGCUUGUAUAGUCUUGUAUUAAUUAACCCCUUUCUGAUCUGCUGCCUUCUGCAAGCCAUAGACUGGGUCCAUAAAGGAAACAGUAUCGCUUUUUGGCUCUCCGGUUGUUGUUGAACUACAAUCAGGGGAUGCUGGGAGUUGUAGUCAAACAGCAGCAGGAGAGCCACAUGUUGAUGUUUCUUGGCACAAACCAGCCUGUUGGAAAAAUACUAAUAUUGCGAUAUAUUGCUCUCUCUAUAUAUUAAUAUAAUUAAAAUCCCACACUGGACAUGUAUCCAUAAUGGAUUCAAAUCCACUUGCUUGUUAAUGAAUACGGUGCUAGAUCCUGCCGAGGGAAUCCUAGGCUUUCCAUACAAUCUGAUUGGAGCAAAUUGUCCUGCUCUGGGAAGUAUCGAUACUGACUGCCAGUUACCCUUGAACAGUGCCUGAUCUGAUUGUAUGAGGUCUGUGUGUGAGGAGGACUUGGUAAAUCUUUCACAAUGAUUUCAUGUGAUUUUGUAAUUGUAAAAAAAGGGGAUAUAAACCCACCGAUUACUUGCUGUAAUAUUUACUCUGAACGUCACUCA